AUGGUCGUCAAAUCCAAGUAUACAAUCGACAUCCCCCAACACAGCUUUCCCACCCUCAUCUUCGGCUCUCCGGAAGACACUCUCCCCGACGACAAACCCUAUCUCCUCGACCACCUCAACCCAGAAACACGCUUCCUGACUCGCCACUCCUUCCGACUAUGGAGUCAGCGGUUUGCCGCUGGUCUACAAAAUGCCGGUCUGGCACAGGGCGAUAGGGUCGUCGUCUUCAGCACAAACAGAAUUUCCUUCCCCGUGGUGUUCAUGGGCGUCAUCAUGGCCGGCGGCAUUUUCAGUGGAUGCAACCCAGCAUAUUCGCCGCAGGAAUUGGCGCAUCAGAUGCGAGACGCAGAUCCAACGUUUGUCCUGAGCCAGGAUGGCGACGCGCUGCGCACUUGUCUGGAGGCAUCUAGGAUCGUAGGCCGGGGACAUGAAAGGAGGACGUUUGUGUUUGAUCACAAUCUAAGCCCGCCCACUGAUCUAUCGACACAGCAGAAACAACAAUCAAACAUUCCGCACUGGACAUCAUUGAUAGCAUCCGAGGCAGAAGGUGCGAGAUUUGCAUGGAACCCAUUAAUGGAGCCCAACGAAGCGCGCAACACAGUCAUGGCCCUGAACUACUCAUCUGGCACAACCGGGCUCAGCAAAGGCGUGGAAAUCACGCAUGGGAACUACGUUGCCAACGUCAUUCAGUACAACCACUACCUCUGCCAGCACGUAGACUAUGAAAUGAAGCACCGGAGCAAAGAACAAUGGCUCUGCUUCCUACCGCUAUACCACGCCAUGGCACAGAUGCUAUUCCUCGGUGUGGCUCAGUACCGGCGCACCCCGGUGUAUAUCAUGGAGAAAUUCGAUUUUUUGACUGUGCUGAGGAACGUGGAGAAAUAUCGUGUUUCGCAUCUGAUUAUCGUGCCGCCGGUGGUGGUCAUGCUUGCUAAGCAUCCAGAAACAAGGAAAUUUGACCUGAGUUCUGUGCGGUUUGUCGGUUCUGGAGCUGCGCCACUGAGUAGGGAGGUGUCGGAAGAGGCUGAGAGUGUGUGGCCAAAGGGAGCAAUCAAUAUCAAGCAAGGCUGGGGGAUGACCGAAGCUACUUGCUCAUUACUCGGGUGGAAUCCAAGCCAAACCAGCAAAGACAACAGCGUAGGCUGGCCCAACGCCAACUCCGAAGCCAAAAUCAUGUCCUUACCAGACGAGCAUUCAUCAUCUAACGAUCCUCCCAAAGAACUCGGCCCCAACAAAACAGGCGAACUCUGGGUCCGCGGCCCUCAAAUCAUGAAGGGAUACUGGCGCAACCCGCGCGCAACCGCCGAAACCCUAACGGCUGACGGAUGGCUACGGACGGGGGACAUUGGGUAUUAUGACGACGAGAACAAAUUCUAUAUCAGCGGACGACUGAAGGAACUCAUUAAGGUCAAGGGUCUCCAGGUUGCGCCUGCAGAGCUAGAUGGGGUUUGUCUUGAGACUGAGGGAGUCGCGGACGCAGCUGUUGUUGGGGUGACGCUGACUAGUUCACAUGGACGACAGGAGGAGCAUCCCCGUGCGUAUAUUGUUCUGCAACAGGGCGCUCAAGCGUCGCAGGAUACGGCGGAUCGGAUAGUUGCGGAGGUGAAUGGGAAGUUGUCGCCUCAUAAGAGGAUCACUGGCGGAGUGGUUUUUGUCGAUGCGCUGCCGAAGAAUGCGAGUGGGAAGAUUUUGAGACGGCUUUUGAGGGAGCGUGCGCAGAAGGAGGCACAAAUGGAGCAGGGGAGGGCUAAAGCAAUGCUAUAA